AGGCUGCUCUCGUGCACAAACCAACGCGGCAAGUGGGGAGCGGUAUAGUUCGAGCAAGGCCUUCAUCCAGCCCAUAGUCGGGACAAGGAAAAACUUGCACGUGGCAUUAUUCAGCCAAGUCACAAAGGUGAACUUCGAAGGAAGCAAGGCCAUGGGGGUAUCCUUCACAAGGUACGGCGAGUCGCAGAAUGUGUCGGCAGAACGAGAAGUGAUACUGUCAGCGGGAACCGUGGGAUCAGCUCAACUCCUGUUGCUCUCCGGGGUGGGUCCCAGGGAGCAGCUGGAGAGAUUACAGAUUCCUGUGGUUGCUGACCUUCCAGUCGGACACAACCUACAGGACCACGUGGUACUACAGAUGGCCCCUCCAGUAAGCAUGGACGAGAACGCUGGUAUUCCGCCUUACGGCCUCAAAGAUAUCCAGCGGUAUGACUGGAAUAAAACUGGCACAAUCUCGAUACCGUCGGGCACCGAGUUCAUUCAGUUCCUGCACACCGCCGACAACGCAACGGACGCUGACAUACCCGACGUCGAAAUUGCCCCGAUCUCAACUUCGCCAGCCAGUCAGCUUUUCAAAGCGUUGAUGGUCGAGCUGGGCCUGAUGCCAGAGGCUUUUGACGGCAUAAUCGGACCAACAGACGGAAGGCUCGGUUUUCGUGCCGUUGUCAUCCUCAACCGGCCAAUGUCAAGGGGCUCCAUCACGCUUCGCUCUGCCGACCCUGACGAUCACCCGGAUAUCGACCCGAGAAUUCUAGAGCACCCUGAUGACGUCAGGAGGGCCGCUGAAGGCACGAGGAAGUUCAUCGACCAGGUGCUGGGCACGGAAGCCAUGCAGAGCAUCGGUGCCAAGCCCUGGAACGUCACCUUCGCACCAUGCGCUCAGGCGGGACCCUUGUGGAGCCAGGAUUACAUCGAGUGCCUGUUCCGGCACGCCGCACACACUAUGUGGCACUUGUGCUGCACAGUGGCCAUGGGGUCGCACUCGGAAGCUGUCCUAGACGAACGGCUGCGGGUCCGAGGCAACGUGACGAACCUGCGAGUGGCCGACGUCUCCGUGAUGCCCGACAUUGUGAGCGGUCACACACACGCACCGGCCAUGAUGAUCGGCAGCAAGGCGGCGGCCAUGAUCAUAGAAGACUACGGAGGACAACGAUAAAAUGAUGCUU